AUGGAUUCCUACCGCUCGUACUGGAAUUCGAGCCACCAGGCCAUGUGGGUGGAAGGGGAAGAUCAGGAUGUGUACGAGGUGGAAUCUCGCGUGCCCCUGCCCCGGCCUUUCCCCCUCUCCAGCGUCCUCACUGAGAAAAACGCAGUAGUGGUACAGACGCAAAUAUCGCACGUCAACCACAGAACCAAUGGUCACCUCCUUAAGGUGAUCUCUAAGAUCUCCCUCCCCACACCGCCCUAUACAGUAAGUUUACAUUCAGCUGCUGACCUGCCGUGUAACCUGUAUGGAACUGUACAACUUGUGAAGAGUAACUGGACAGUUACUCUGCUGUCUUAUUUAUCUGAAUGAAAGUGUUUUUCAUUUGGCUGACUGGAUGCUCUAAGCAGCAGUUUUGUCAAUUAUUUUAUACAGUUCAUAACAUGACCUACCCCCCUGCUAUACGGCUAUAUACAAGAAAAUCACAUUGUAGGAUUUGUUAUGAAUUUAUUUGCAAAUUAUGGUGGAAAAUAAGUAUUUGGUCAAUAACAAAAGUUUCUCAAUACUUUGUUAUAUACCCUUUGUUGGCAAUGACACAGGUAAAACAUUUUAUGUAAGUCUUCACAAGGUUUUCACACACUGUUGCUGGUAUUUUGGCCCAUUCCUCCAUGCAGAUCUCCUCUAGAGCAGUGAUGUUUUGGGGCUGUCGCUGGGCAACACGGACUUUCAACUCCCUCCAAAGAUUUUCUAUGGGGUUGAGAUCUGGAGACUAGCUAGGCCACUCCAGGACCUUGAAAUGCUUCUUACGAAGCCACUCCUUCGUUGCCCGGGCGGCGUGUUUGGGAUCAUUGUCAUGCUGAAAGACCCAGCCACGUUUCAUCUUCAAUGCCCUUGCUGAUGGAAGGAGGUUUUCACUCAAAAUCUCACGAUACAUGGCCCCAUUCAUUCUUUCCUUUACACGGAUCAGUCGUCCUGGUCCCUUUGCAGAAAAACAGCCCCAAAGCAUGAUGUUUCCACCCCCAUGCUUCACAGUAGGUAUGGUGUUCUUUGGCUGCAACUCAGCAUUAUUUGUCCUCCAAACACGAUGAGUUGAGUUUUUACCAAAAAUUUAUAUUUUGGUUUCAUCUGACCAUAUGACAUUCUCCCAAUGAUCUUCUGGAUCAUCCAAAUGCACUCUAGCAAACUUCAGACGGGCCUGGACAUGUACUGCCUUAAGCAGGGGGAAACGUCUUGCACUGCAGGAUUUGAGUCCCUAGCGGCGUAGUGUGUUACUGAUGGUAGGCUUUGUUACUUUGGUCCCAGCUCUCUGCAGGUCAUUCACUAGGUCCCCCCGUGUGGCUCUGGGAUAUUUGCUCACCGUUCUUGUGAUCAUUUUGACCCCACGGGGUGAGAUCUUGCGUGGAGCCCCAGAUCGAGGGAGAUUAUCAGUGGUCUUGUAUGUCUUUCAUUUCCUAAUAAUUGCUCCCACAGUUGAUUUCUUCAAACCAAGCUGCUUACCUAUUGCAGAUUCAGUCUUCCCAGCCUGGUGCAGGUCUACAAUUUUGUUUCUGGUGUCCUUUGACAGCUCUUUGGUCUUGGCCAUAGUGGAGUUUGGAGUGUGACUGUUUGAUGUUGUGGACAGGUGUCUUUUAUACUGAUAACAAGUUCAAACAGGUGCCAUUCAUACAGGUAACGAGUGGAGGACAGAGGAGCCUCUUAAAGAAGAAGUUACAGGUCUGUGAGAGCCAGAAAUCUUGCUUGUUUGUAGGUGACCAAAUACUUAUUUUCCACCAUAAUUUGCAAAUAAAUUCAUUAAAAAUCCUACAAUGUGAUUUUCUGGAUUUUUUUUUCUCUAUUUGUCUGUCAUAGUUGACGUGUACCUAUGAUGAAAAUUACAGGCCUCUCUCAUCUUUUUAAGUGGGAGAACUUUCACAAUUGGUGGCUGACUAAAUACUUUUUUUCCCCACUGUAUACACGUGUACAUUAUACAGCUAACUUGCUCGUAAGCAAUAUUUUUGACUGGGCAACUUGUGCAGUGAAAAACGCAGUGAGAGUAUCGUAUACCGUCCUAGAUCUCCCUAUUCUGCUUUUAUCUGAGCAGGUGAUCAUGUGAAGUGAGCAAAAAAUUACUCCCAAGAUUUCAUUGUGGCACGGUCAUGUGACUACAUCCUGGUUGUCAUAAUGUUGCAGUAUGACCUUUGCUGCUGUGGGAGUCUCGCCCUGUUAAACCAACUGCAUGUGAAUUGUGGUGCUUAUAAGUCAGUGGUUUAUUGCACAAUAGCAAUUCCAUGCUAAUUCAGCCAGGAAAGAAGGCUUUUGUGAAUGCGUCACCGGGCAAUGUCUACUAGACCUGUCUCAUCUACACUACCGGUCAAAAGUUUUAGAACACCUACUCAUUCAAGGGUUUUUCUUUAUUUUUUCUAUUUUCUACAUUGUAUAAUAAUAGUGAAGACAUCAAAACUAUGAAAUAACACAUAUGGAAUCAUGUAGUAACCCCAAAAAAGUGUUAAACAAAUCAAAAUAUUUUUUAUAUUUGAGAUUCUUCAAAUAGCCACCCUUUGCCUUGAUGACAGCUUUGCGCACUCUUGGCAUUCUCUAGUAAAAAUAAAGAAAAAUCCUUGAAUGAGUAGGUGUUCUAAAACUUUUGACCGGUAGUGUAUGUCCGAAGGUAAAGGGCUAAGAAUGAAAUGGCAUUUCAUAGAUGUUAUGUUGGUUCCUUGAUGAAUGUCAAACUGGGGCGUAGGUUUACUCAUUUUAAUAAGAAUACUGAUAUGGCAUGCAUUUUCACCAACAGAACUUUAUAGAAAACGACAGCAUGUGUACAGUUAUCCCACCAUGAUAAGGCAAUAGGCCUAGUUGUAGCUAUGCAGGUUCAAUAUGUUAGAAUUUGAAGCGAGUGAGAGAAUAUUUACAAUGUCAUGAUGUGCCACUGUACAACUCAAGACUUACCGCUGAACUGUAUACGGCUAACCAUCUCCACCUCCUUGUGCAUUGCCCUGUAGUUAUUGAGGUUCCCUACUCCUUUAAGCAUAGCGACACAUGCCAUGUGUGUUGUGAACCCACUGUUCCCCGCUGUGUAUCUUGUGUGCUAAGUGUAAUUUUGUUUCUCCCAUUAUCCUGAAGUGGGCCUACAGUUUUGAUUGAUUGGUCCUACUUUUUUUACUUUCACUUAGGACACUAACUGGAAACCAUUACUGGUGAUCAUAAAUAUUACAUUAUACUUACUGUCACAAGGCUCAGCAUAUUGUUAUUAAUGAAAGGUUAUGUCCGUAAAUGACCGCAGAGUAGCCCAUUCAUUCAUGGCAUGGUAUAUAUUAAAAUAUAUGCCAUGUGCCAUUUAGCAGAUGAUUUUAUCCAAAGCAACUUUCAGUGCACUGAGUACAUACAUUUUUUGUAUAUGUGAUCCCAGCAGGUAUCGAACCGACAACCCUGGUGUUGCUAGUGCCACACUCUUACCAACUGAGCCACACUGUGUGGACCAACUUGCUUCAAGGCUUUGUGUAUCUGAACUUCUAAUUCAGAAUUAUUCACCACCUCAACCAGGAUUUCCUCAAAGGCUCUUUGCUCACUAAAGUAAUUAUCUUUGUAUCUCCACCCAUCUUACCAACCCUGAUCAGCUGGAACAUGCACGGGUCACCCAGACGGAGCUGAUGCGCGAGUCCUUCCGCCAUAACCAGGAAAUGGGAGAUCUGCUGCAGCGGCAGGAGGAUCUGCAGGAGAGGCUGGGGGAGGAGGGGCGCGCCCGCGAGCAGCUGGCCCUGGAGCUCCACAGGGCAGAGGGUGAGUGGGAGGGGGUGGGUGUGUUGUGUUUGUGAUGGGGUUGUUUUAAAUGUGGGUCGGUGUGUGUUUGAAGGGCAGUGAGAAUGCCAUAUGAUGAGUGAAAGUGUGUGUCUGGGGUUGUUUGUGGGGGAUGGUGUGUGUUGUGUGUUUUGGUGAGUCAGAUGGCUAGGGGAUCUGUGGGUGAAACUGAAAUUAAUAUAUACUGUAGAGAGUGUGUGAGUACUUUAGAUGGCAAAGAAAAUUGUGUGUGCGUAAUGAAAGAUUUAGCAAUUCUUUGUGAACAAUUACAUUUCCAUACACUAUACCUGAAACCAAGUAUUAAUACAGAGAUUUGUGCGCAAAUUUACCAUGUUUUUAAUAGUGUAGUGACACAUUCUGCACCAUCAGCACAUUCAAUGCCCCAUGCCAUACAUCCCUGUCAGAGGUAGUGAUUAUGAUGUGACAUCCCUAUCAGGAACAGCUGACCGACGAGAGGGGUGACAGGUUCAAACCCGUGACACAGCCCACCUAAUUCACUAACAACGCUCAGUUCCACACACUGCUAAGCAAAUUAAGACAUAUUUACAUCCAUUGGCUUGUUGAUAGUAACAUGUACAGUGCCUUCAGAAAGUAUUCACACCCCUUGACUAUUUCCACAUUUUGUUGUGUUACAGCCUGAAUUUAAAAUUAAUUAAUUUGAGAUUUUUUGUCACUGGCCUACACACAAUACUCAAUGUCAAAGUGGAUUUUGUACAAAUUAAUAAAAAAUGAAAAGCUGAAAUGUCUUGAGUCAAUAAGUAUUCAACCGCUUUGUUAUGGCAAGCCUAAAUAAGUAAAAAUGUGCUUAACAAGUCACAUAAAAGUUACAUGGACUCACUCUGUGUGGAAUAAUAGUGUUUAACAUGAUUUAUGAAUGACUACCUCAUCUCUGUACCCCACACAUACAAUUAUCUGUAAGGUCCCUAAGUCAAGCAGUUAAUUUCAAACACAAAUUCAACCACAAAGACCGGGGAGGUUUUCCAGUGCCUCGUAAAGAAGGGCACCUAGUGGUUGAUGGGUAAAACAAAAAGCAGACAUUGAAUAUCCCUUUGAGCAUGGUGAAGUUAUUAAUUACACUUUGGAUGGUGUAUCAAUACAGCCAGUCACUAAAAAGAUACAGGCGUCCUUCCCAACUCAGUUGCCGGAGAGAAAGGAAACCUCUCAGGGAUUUCACCAUGAGGCCAAUUGUGACUUUAAAACAGUUACAGAGUUGAAUGGCUGUGAUAGGAGAAAAAUUAGGAUGUAUCAACAACUAAUUGACAGAGUGAAAAGAGGAAGCCUGUACAGAAUACAAAUAUUCCAAAACAUGCAUCCUGUUUGCAACAAGACACUAAAGUAAAACUGCAAAAUAAGUGGCAAAGCAGUUAACUUUUGGUCCUGAAUACUAAGUGUUAUGUUUGGGGCAAAUCCAAUACAACACAUUACUGAGUACCACUUUCCAUAUUUUCAAGCAUAGUGGUGGCUGCAUCAUGAGGACUGUGGAGUUUUUCAGGAUAAAAAAAGAAACAGAAUAGCAGGCAAAAUCCUAGAGGGGAAACCUGGUUCAGUCUGCUUUCUAACAGACAAUGGGAGAUGAAUUCACCUUUCACCAAGACAAUAACCUCAAACACAAGUUGCUUACCAAGAAGACUUUGAAUAUUCCUGAGUGAGCGAGUUAGUUUUGAUUUAAAUCUACUCUAAAAUAUUUGGCAAGACCUGAAAAUUGUUGUCUAGCAAUGAUCAAUGAGCUUGAAGAUUUUUUGUUAGUUAUUUUUUUAAAUUAAUAUUUUCUCCCCAAUUUCGUCAUAUCCAAUUACGAUCUUGUCUCAUCGCUGCAACUCCCCAACGGGCUCGGGAGAGGCGAAGGUCGAGUCAUGCGUCCUCCGAAGCUUGAAUAAUUUUUUUAAGGAAAAUGGGCAAAUGUUGCAUAAUCCAGGUGUGGAAAGCUCUUAGAGACUUACCCAGAAAUGCUCACAGCUGUAAUCGCUGUCAAUUGUUAUUCUACAAAGUAUUGACUCAGGUGUGAAUACUUAUGUAAAUGAGAUAUUUCUGUAUUUAAUAGUCAAUACAUUUGCAAAAAUUUCUAAGAAUAUGUUUUCAAAUGUGGAAUAAGUCAAGGGGUAUGAAUACUCUCUGAAGGCACUGUAUAAGAAGAGGUGUUAGUAUUAAUAGUAACAGGCAUAGCAGUUUGCAUCCAUUGCCAACUGAAUGAUGGUGAGUUUUAAUGGUGAUUUGUUGCUGACAUCAAAUGUGCAUAAAACAAUUUGCGCAUUUUCCCACCAGAGAUGUGUUUCCAUCAAAUUGACUUGUUGCGGAUAAAAGGCUGUGCGUGAUGACGUAGUGCACAUAAAAAUAACUUAUGCGGUUAAAUUCCCAUUUACUGGAGGGAAAAAAAUACAGGUUAAAUGUGUUCGCAUCACAUUUUCAACUCUACUAAUGGCUUUGUCACAGAAAAAUGUGCGUUAAAUAGCGAAUGCGCUCACUCUGGUCUUUGCAUGUAGGCUCUAGCCAACAGGUCUCAGAUACAGUGCAGGUAUAGCCUACAUGAGAUUAUUAUGGACAAAAGAGCAAGAUUCAUUUUAUUUGUCAAAUGGCAGCCAUGCAUCAUCGAUCAUCAUGUCACCAAAAUAAGACCCUCGAUUAGAAAGGAGCAUCAAACUCCUCACCGUUUUGGCCGGGGGGCUUUACUUGGCUCAUCGCACUCUAGCGACUCCUUGUGGCAGGCCGGGCACCUGCAAGCUGACUCGGUCGCCAGGCGAACUGUGUUUCCUCCAACACAUUGGUGCAGCUGGCUUCCGGGUUAAGCGAGCGGGUGUUAAGAAGCAGCGCGGCUUGGCGGGUCAUGUUUCGGAGGACGCAUUACUCGACCUUCGCCUCUCCCGAGCCCGUUGGGGAGUUGCAGCGAUGAGACAAGAUCGUAAUUGGGUAUCACGAAAUUGGGGAACAAAAGGGGGUCAAAAAAAUAUAUAUAAAUAAUUAUUCACCGUGCAUUUUCAACGCCCUGUGAAGUUAAUCAUAACUGAUUUCACCUGUAGCCUAAUAAACUGGCUGAUUUCCCAAGUCGUAGAGGGAGGGCCACACAACAUAUAAUCGCAUGACUCCACGUUUACUUCGAUAUGAUGGUUAUUAUAUAAAAAUGUGCACAUAAAAUUGUUUCCACCGCCAUUUCUCGCAUAAUAAAUUUUACAGACACAAAAGAUCCCACCUUGGCCAUCAUUGUAAAUAAGAAUUUGUUCUUAAUUGACUCGCCUGGAUAAAUAAAGGUUAAAUCAUACAAUUUAAAUUGUGUGUUUUGUCAACAUUUGGAAAGUUUACAUUGGCUGUUUCCAUCAGGCCUGUCGUGACGUUUUUUUAUGGGACAUGUACUUUACUCGCAUAAAAGGUUGGAUGGAAACCUGGUUAAUGACAGCAUUGAAUUCUUAAAGGUAGGCCUAUAUAUGAGUUGUACUUUUUAUGUAGAAGGCUUCCUUGGGAGUGGUCUAAUCCACUGCAAAUUAUGUAUUUUGGGAAUGUUACUAAGGUACAUUCCUAAGGUACAUUCCUUUGUUGUGAAAAAUGUGUUACCACUAUAACGUGGGCUCAUAUACUUUUGUAUAUGAAGAAACAAGGGUAGAGCCACCCAUUCAAAUUAUUUGUUGUGUUUACAGUAAACAAAGAGAUCAGAAGGAAGCACCGCAAGCUUAUAAUGUAACUCAUCAGCACAACAAUGUUCUUGGAAGAACAUCAGACAAUCAUCUAUGAUUAAGCGUAUUCGCCUCACCUAUUUAGUAGAGUUACAACAUACUAGUACUAGAUAUGAUUUCAUUAGGAAUCUCUAUCAGAUCUUUGGGAACAUUGCUAGUGUGCAGUCACGUCUUCCAAACAGAUUUAUCAUCAGCUGAAAUACAUGCCAGUAGUGCAUUUUCCUAGUGACCAGUAACAAGAUGUGUAAUAAUAUAAUAUUUUAUUUGGUUUGUUGGCAGCAUAGCCCUCUAGAGUACACUGUGUCAAGCAAAAUGGGUCAGACAUUCUGCCUGUGUUUGUCUAAAUAUUUUUGUGUUUGUGUGCGCCUUAGGGAGGGGUGGGUGGGUGCUUAUUUGGAUGUAGCAUAUUUGUAUAGUACAGUGCACAUAUGUUUUUGGAGUUUUUCUUCUUGAUUUUGGUUGUGUGUGAGUCUGUACUUUCGCUGUUAUGUGUACUUGAAUGGAUACUAUGCGUGUGAUGUGUGAAUGUUUUACUCAAACGAUCUCUAAAUCUAUAUAUUAACACCCCCUCUCCUCUCUCUCUCCCCCUCAGGUCUGAUCGAUGGCUACACAGAUGAACGUGCCGCGCUGGAGGAGCAGGUGCGUCAGAAGGGGGAGCUACAGCUAAGCCUGGAGCAGGAGCUGCAGGUGAGACAGACCCACUCUACAGUCUACAACCACCAUUAUCACUGUGUUUUAUUACAAUUGAGGGUGACAUGCUCUGAUGUCAUUAUGUCAUUUCAAGCAGUUAUGCCCACUAGGUAAAUAUUGUUGUCCAACAUAUCUCAAAACUUUCCAUGCAGAUUUAAAGAAAAUGGUGGACAAUUAUGUUGCAAGUUGUUUCCCAUCUGUUUAAAAUGUUACCGCUAUGUCAGGAAACGUUUUUUUUGUCUGUUUUUAAUUGGCUAACCACAUCGUCAACCUGCCUCUAACUGAAUGUCAUUGGCUCCUGCAGGUGACGAGCAGCCGCCUACACGAACUGGAGCAGGAGAGGCUGCAGAUGCAGGAGGAGCGAGAGAUACUGUCACGGCAACAGGAUGCCAUGAGGGAGCAUGCCGGCCCCCGCGAGUUACGUAUGUGCCCCACCACUUACUCCUUGUGAAUCUGAAUGGAACAAAAUAUACAGUUUGACAAACAUUCUAAUAUUCUAGACAGUGAAAUAAUGGUGAGAAUGGUACUUUAAUAUCAUCUAAAGUGUAUUGGAUAUGCACAGACCUAUACCAAUACAGAUGCUCAAAAACAAGCAGUUGGUGAUACUAGAGAACUAUGAAUACGUCUUAUAUGACAUCACUACUCCAAAGAGUGGGCAGAGUGAAGUGGGGGGUAGUGUCAUUGAAAUAGAAAUACUGGUAUUACUGAGAAAAGCCCCUCAGACCAUGGCAAUUUGACAGUCAUUUUAAUUCUGUGGGUCCUGUGACGAAGAUAAAACAGGCCCAUGUUCUUUUGCAUAGAGAAGGUUGGUUUAUUUCCUUGAUUAGAUCUAUAUUUGACUAUUUGUAUGACUCAUCAUCAUCAUCACACAGUUUGUCAGCUUAGCAGGAGCCACACAUUGUUAUCGUGUUAUCACUCAAUGACGUUGUAACCAUUUUUAUUCUGUGUUAGAAAUUCUUGUAAUUUAAAUGUAAAUACUUUAUUACUGUACUUUGCUGAAUUCCUGUAGAAAGGGUGACUGUGAUGAUACAUAUAUAUUGUAAUGAAGUUUACAAUUAAUAACUGUUUUUGAUGGAAAUCCUCUGGGAUAAAACAGAAUCAUGGAACAUGUGUAACACAAGUACUGCAUCCGGCAAGUCUCACCUGCGUCGUGUUCAUUAGGCACCAAAUGGAAUUAAGUCGACCGAAACAGGGAGGAACUACCUUGACAUGUCCAAUAAGACACACUUGUUUUAAAGCAUUUUCCGAUGCAUUACCUCCAUCCAGUACUAUUUCAAGGUAUUCCAUAGGUUAAUGAACAAUCCCUAAUGAAAUGGCAAGUAUACAACAAGGACAUGAAUUCAAUGUACACUUCAGGAACAUCUCACUCCUGUUCUCACCUCACGGCAUUGGCUCAUCCAUCAUCUGCCGACACAGCUUUAAUCAAUACCACCACAGCACAUGCAGGGAGGCCCCACCCUCUCGUUUUCACCUCUCGCAUCCCUUCUCCUCCAGUCUACCUCCUUUUUAUGACAAAACAAGUGCAUGUUGAAAUACUGUGCUUUCUUAUUCCUCCUAUAGGCCUAGUUGAAGCUGCAGUCGAUGCAGCACCUGAAGCAGGUGUGUCCCACAUCAGAGCAUGGCCAGUCUAUCUAUGUUACUUUUUAGUCUCUAGUCGAGUGGCACUUCACAAAUAUAUAUAUUUUUUAACCCCCAAAUCCAGAAACUCACAAAAAAAGCUUGGAGCUUGCUUGCUAUGGGCUCACUCACUCAAUCACUAACCCUUGCUUACGCUUUUUCUUUUUGAUUCACUUUUCUAUGUCAUGGUUUGUCAUGUUAAUGUCCUAUGGGUCAGCGUGAACAUUCUCAUUUUAUUUAUGAUUGAGCACAAUUGAAGGAAUCGGAUGAGCUAUAUUUUGAGACAUUGAUACUGUAAGCAUAAGUAUUUCCUCAUUGGCAAUCAUCUUUGUGCCUAAAUUAAAAUGUCUUGAUGUUAAUGUUCAGAAGAGUUUAGCUAACCCUAGCCUUACUUCACAUUGUCCAUGCUAACAUUGUGACAAUGUCCGCUACCUUUGGAGUAAGAUGAUUGCUCAAUUAGGAAUUUGUCCCACCCCUUGCCUGCAAAUGCAUAUGGGGCAUGGAUAUUGCACCGUCACUGCACUGUCUACGUCCUUGGUCUGUGGUUUGCACUCUCUUACCCUUUUAUCUGUUGUACUAAUACAAUGGGGUUUGAUCUCCUGGGUGAAGCAAUGUUGGUUGGUUCAAUGUUAGUUGGUUGGUUAAAUGAUGGCAGUGGAUUACUAAAGGGAUAUGUUGGGAAGAUACUGGGUGUGAGAUUGUCUGUUAUAUAGAGUAGCUACAUGAUUCUGAAAUGGAGGACUGUAUUGGUGAUAUGUUGCUGAAGCAGCCAUCUCAAUACUGUGAUGCUGUUAAAAAAUGAGUAGAACACAAGUUUAGAAGUUCUGAGACAAAAACAGCUAAAUAUACUUAGAUUUAAAAUUAAUAGUAAGGCUGACAGGCCUGUAACUGAUUUUUGGUUUAUCGACCGACAAUCCACAAGAACUCCAUCUCAGCAUCCUGUCCUGUCCAUUGCUGGAAUCAAACCUGUAUGUCCAAAAUCAUUAAGACUCCUCCCCUCCAAAGCGACCUUAUGUGACGCCUUCCGUCCCUCCCUUCCUUCACCCCAGACCUCCUGGAGGAGACAGAGAAGCUGAUGGCUGAGAAGGUAGAGGUGCAGCGGCAGGCGGAGAAGGAGAGCCUGGACCUUCUGAACCAGGUGAAAACACUGGAGGCUGAGCUGGAGGAGCAGAUCAAUCGGGUCAUUGAGCUGGAGCACGCCCGCAAGACUGAGAGUGGCGACCUGCUGCAGCAGAUCCAGGCCCUGGAGAAACAGCUGGAGAAGAACCGGAGGUUCCUGGAUGUAAGAGAAAGAGGGGAAGGAAGAGAUGGGGAGGAUGGAUGCAUGGCUGGAUGGAUGGUUAUGGAUAGAGAUGGGAGAGAUGGAUGAAUGGGGAGAGAAGGGUGGCUGGAUGAGGGAGGACCAUAGGAAGUCUAUCGUUUAAAAGUAUACAGAUUUACAUGAAUGUUAUAUGAAUGUGCAUGUUGGUUAUUGGGGGUUAGGCAGUGCAUAAAGCAAUACACUUGAUCCAUCAUUUAUUCAUCAGCCAUGCAUUUCUUAUUCAAUGGGGUCCGUCAGAUUGGCACUGAAACAGAAAGAUGUUUCCCAUGUGUAUAUAUAUAUAUAUAUAAUUGAAUUUGAUAUGUUAUGGGUAUUUCCCAUAGCUACUGCUCCUUACUCUCCUUCCUUCAUCUCUGAACCCCAGGAGCAGGCCAUCGACCGGGAACACGAGAGGGACGUCUUCCAGCAGGAGAUCUUGAAACUGGAGCAGCAGCUGAAGAACAGCCAGAAGCAGCAGCCCGGCUCUGAACAAAGAAGCAGAGAGGUAACAGUUCAGUUCCGCAAUGGCCCCAGCAUUGAGCCCUGUGGGACCCCACUGGCAGUUUCUCCCUCUUUUUACAUUUACAUUUACAUUUUAGUCAUUUAGCAGACGCUCUUAUCCAGAGCGACUUACAGUUAGUGAGUGCAUACAUUUUUAUUUUUUAUACUGGAAUCGAACCCACAACCCUGGCGUUGCAAAUGCCAUGCUCUACCAACUGAGCUACAUCCCUGCCGGCCAUUCCCUCCCCUACCCUGGACGACACUGGGCCAAUUGUGUUUUUGUUCCCUCACAAUGGGAAAGGCAGUAAUGUAGAUGCUCAGCUUGUAGAAAUUGACUGUUGUGGCUCUGUACAUGAGGGCUCAGUGUCAGCCAGGACAAUGGGGAGGUAGAAUUGCCUGUGGUUACCAGAAUAUGAUCCCAGACUAGUCAAACUGGAACUGAAGGAUAAUGGACAUACAGCUGUGGAAAAAAAUAAGAGACCACUGCAAACUUUUCUUAAAUUAGCAUCUCUACAUGUAUGACAGCCAUUCCAUUCCAGUGUCUGUUGAAUUCCAACACAGGCACACCUCAUUCUAAUGAAUUAGGUACUGAUUAGGUGACCACAUAAACCAAAUCUUAUUUAACGAGGAAAAGUAUAAAAACCACUGCUGUGGUCAUCACUAUCCUCUUGCAAUAGGACCAGCUGGAUGGCAACAACAGUGCUAAUAGUACCUCAAAAGUAAUAUUAAUCAUUAAAUAACUAUUGACCAUGCCAAAAGAGUUGAAAAUGAAAGUUUUGAGUGAGGAAAAGAAGGGUUCAAUUCUGGCUUUACUGGCAGAGGGAUACAGUGAGCGUCAGGUUGCUUCCAUCCUUAAAAUUUCAAAGACGGCGGUUCAUAAGAACAAGGUCAAGCAGCAGACAUUGGGGACAACAAAGCUACAGACCAGCAGAGGGCGAAAAUGACUCUCUACCGACCGGGAUGACCGCCAACUCAUUCGAAUGUCACUCAACAACCGUAGGAUGACAUCAAGUGACCUACAAAAAGAAUGGCAAACGGCAGCUGGAGUGAAGUGCAUGGCGAGGACGGUUCGAAACAGGCUCCUAGGGGAAGUCGUGCAAAGCAACAAAAAAAAAAACCUUCAUCAAUGAGAAGCAAAGAAGAGCCAGGCUGAGGUUUGCAAAAGACCAUAAGGAUUGGACCUUAGAGGACUGGAGUAAGGUCAUCUUCUCAGAUAGUCCAAUUUUCAGCUUUGCCCAACACCUGGUUGUCUAAUGGUUAAACAGAGACCUGGAGAGGCCUACAAGCCAUAGUGUCUCGCACCCACUGUGAAAUUUGGUGGAGGAUCGGUGAUGAUCUGGGGGUGCUUCAGCAAGGCUGGAAUCGGGCAGAUUUGUCUUUGUUGUCCUGGAAGAAAACUUGCUUCCUUUUGCUCUGACAUUGUUCCCCAACUCUGAGGAUUGGUUUUUCCAGCAGGACAAUGCGCCCUGCCACACAGCAAGGUCAAUCAAGGUGUGGAUGGAGGACCACCAGAUCAAGACCCUGUCAUGGCCAGCCCAAUCUCCAGACCUGAACCCCAUUGAAAACUUCUGGAAUGUGAUCAAGAGGAAGAUGGAUGGUCACAAGCCAUCAAACAAAGCCGAGCUGGUUUAAUUUUCAAGUCACCCAACAUCAAUGUGAAAGACUGGUGGAGAGCAAGAUGCAUGAAAGCUGUGAUUGAAAAUCAGGGUUAUUCCACCAAAUAUUGAUUUCUGAACUCUUCCUAAGUUAAAACAUUAUUAUUGUGUUGUUUAAAAAUAAACAUUAACUUAUUUUCUUUGCAUUAUUCGAGGUCUGACAACACUGCAUAUGUUUUGUUAUUUUGACCAGUUGUCAUUUUCUGCAACUAAAUGCUCUAAAUGACAAUAUUUUUAUUUGGAAUUUGGGAGAAAUGUUGUCAGUAGAUUAUAGAAUAAAACAAAAAUGUUAUUUUUACCCAAACACAUAGCUAUAAAUAGUAAAACCAGAGAAACAGAUAAUUUUGCAGUGGUCUCUUAAUUUUUUCCACAGCUGUAUAUGCUGGAUGUGAUUUCUGUUUUUUUGGGGUGAGGGCUGAUUUGUCAAUCAUCGCAAUGGUGAUUUUUGUUUAUUAACUGUGAGGGGGUUGUGGGUAUUAUGUGAUUGUAAUGCAUUUUGUAGAACUGUAGUAUUAUUUUUAUUUUUUAUGGAACAUUUUAUUGAACAUAAAAGGUCUUAACAGUGGUCUUGUCCUUGUCACUAAACACUUAAUAUAUUUUGCAUCUUUCGACAAAGCAGUGUCCAUGGAGAGGUUCUAUUUACUCUCGCACCGUCUGGUAGCUACCUACCUCCAGUAAAUAUCAUUAGAUACAGUGGGGGAAAAAAGUAUUUAGUCAGCCACCAAUUGUGCAAGUUCUCCCACUUUAAAAGAUGAGAGAGGCCUGUAAUUUUUAUCAUAGGUACACAUCAACUAUGACAGACAAAUUGAGGAAAAAAAAUCCAGAAAAUCACAUUGUAGGAUUUUUAAUGAAUUUAUUUGCAAAUUAUGGUGGAAAAUACAGUGGGGGAAAAAAGUAUUUAGUCAGCCACCAAUUGUGCAAGUUCUCCCACUUAAAAAGAUGAGCGAGGCCUGUAAUUUUCAUCAUAGGUACACGUCAACUAUGACAGACAAAUUGAGAAAAAAAAUCCAGAAAAUCACAUUGUAGGAUUUUUUAUGAAUUUAUUUGCAAAUUAUGGUGGAAAAUAAGUAUUCGGUCACCUACAAACAAGCAAGAUUUCUGGCUCUCACAGACCUGUAACUUCUUCUUUAAGAGGCUCCUCUGUCCUCCACUCGUUACCUGUAUUAAUGGCACAUGUUUGAACUUGUUAUCAGUAUAAAAGACACCUGUCCACAACCUCAAACAGUCACACUCCAAACUCCACUAUGGCCAAGACCAAAGAGCUGUCAAAGGACACCAGAAACAAAAUUGUAGACCUGCACCAGGCUGGGAAGACUGAAUCUGCAAUAGGUAAGCAGCUUGGUUUGAAGAAAUCAACUGUGGGAGCAAUUAUUAGGAAAUGGAAGACAUACAAGACCACUGAUAAUCUCCCGCGAUCUGGGGCUCCACGCAAGAUCUCACCCUGUGGGGUCAAAAUGAUCACAAGAACGGUGAGCAAAAAUCCCAGAACCACACGGGGGGACCUAGUGAAUGACCUGCAGAGAGCUGGGACCAAAGUAACAAAGCCUACCAUCAGUAACACACUGGCAGUGCCAGACGUGUCCCCCUGCUUAAGCCAGUACAUGUCCAGGCCCGUCUGAAGUUUGCUAGAGUGCAUUUGGAUGAUCCAGAAGAGGAUUGGGAGAAUGUCAUAUGAUCAGAUGAAACCAAAAUAUAACUUUUUGGUAAAAACUCAACUCGUCGUGUUUGGAGGACAAAGAAUGCUGAGUUGCAUCCAAAGAACACCAUACCUACUGUGAAGCAUGGGGGUGGAAACAUCAUGCUUUGGGGCUGUUUUUCUGCAAAGGGACCAGGACGACUGAUCUGUGUAAAGGAAAGAAUGAAUGGGGCCAUGUAUCGUGAGAUUUUGAGUGAAAACCUCCUUCCAUCAGCAAGGGCAUUGAAGAUGAAAUGUGGCUGGGUCUUUCAGCAUGACAAUGAUCCCAAACACACCGCCCGGGCAACGAAUGAGUGGCUUCGUAUGAAGCAUUUCAAGGUCCUGGAGUGGCCUAGCCUGUCUCCAGAUCUCAACCCCAUAGAACAUCUUUGGAGGGAGUUGAAAGUCCGUGUUGCCCAGCGACAGCCCCAAAACAUCACUGCUCUAGAGGAGAUCUGCAUGGAGGAAUGGGCCAAAAUACCAGCAACAGUGUGUGAAAUCCUUACAGAAACUUACAGAAAACGUUUGACCUGUGUCAUUGCCAAUAAAGGGUAUAUAACAAAGUAUUGAGAAACUUUUGUUAUUGACCAAAUACUUAUUUUCCACCAUAAUUUGCAAAUAAAUUCAUUAAAAAUCCUACAAUGUGAUUUUCUGUAAAAGAAAAUCUCAAUUUGUCUGUCAUAGUUGACGUGUACCUAUGAUGAAAAUUACAGGCCUCUCUCAUCUUUUUAAGUGGGAGAACUUGCACAAUUGGUGGCUGACUAAAUACCUUUUUCCCCCACUGUAUUACAUUAGGAUAUUUCUGCUGAGCAUCAUCAUCUGGACCAUGGAGGUCUGUCUUUGCAUUAUAAUUGCAUCUACUAUCAUAACAGCUGUGAUAUACAGCUUCUCUCUGGUUUACUGUAAGUCAGCUGAGUUGUGGCUGGUUUCUGCUAAAAGUCAAUAGCGUCAUCAUAGCUCCACAUCUCUUUGACAUGCUGUGGCAGUGGCUCUGCUUGCUGUUGCCAUCAGCUGUGUUUUACAUUUGUUACCAUACUGUUGUUUGUGUUCAGUCUUCAACUGUAUUAUAGUGGCAUGUGUAGUGGAAACAUGUCACUACAAGUAACUCAGAAUUAUUGAAUUGAAUUAGAGUUGUCUCUUUUUAAACACCAUUAUAGAUACUGUAGGGGCCUGUUUUUGCUAAGCUAAAUGCAAUUCGCUAUAUCACAGCAGCCUUUCUCUGCUAUCAUAAUCUUAGCGCCAUUCCUUCUCCCACCACCACCUCCUAUUAGUCACUGCUAUGCUCAUUAAAGGCCAUUCUCUCUCUUUCCUCCUCUUCCUCUUUCCUCCUCUCUCCCUCUUUGCCUCUCUCCCAUGGCAGGUGGAUCAGCUGACCUCCCAGGUAUUGCUAUUAGUUCCAUUGAAACAGCCUCUCUAUUAACUCAACUCCAUCAGUUGCAUGGUAGCAGCCUGUCAUUGCAAACCAUGUUAGAGCCCCCCCUCUUUCCGUUCCUCUGCUCUCUUUCUCCUUUCCGUCCCUUUAAAUAUCCCGUAGCAGGUGGAUCCCAGCGAUUAGUGGCGCUAGCGUCAUUGAAAAGGCCCUUCUAUUAAAUAUAAUUAGCUGCACUCAAAACCAACCUCUCCCUCUUCCCCCGUUUCUCCCUCUUUCCCUAUUCAUCUCCCUUUCCCUACCAUGUAGCAGGAGUGGAUCAUCUAACCUCAUAGUAUUGCUCCCGUUUACAUUCGAACUGCCUCUGUUGUUCAGCUGCACCAUAGCAUAACCUAAUUAGCUAACCUUUCUCCUUCCCUUCUGCUCUUCCCCUCUUCCACAUGGCAGGUGGCUCAGCUAAUCUAACAGCUAUUGCUAGUAGCUAACGUAUACUGAAAUGCAGCUUCUCUCAUAUUGAAUCAUAUCAUCCAUUCUGCAUAAUGACAGGUAGACUCUCUUUGCCAUCCUCGCCGAAGCCCUCCUCACUCCCUCUUUCCCUCUAGCCCCUAGUGAUGGGGGAAGAAAUUGAUAGUUACAUAUCGCCAUAUUAUUUUUGGCCGAUAUUAUAUUGAUACUUUUACUCCAAGUAUCGAUUUGUAAAAUACAUUACAAAUGUUUUGCUAUGUAGCGUUAGCUAGUGCUAGUCGGCUGUAUCUGCGCCAAAACGCCGGUAUUUUUCAUCUUAUAGCGUGUUCUCCUCUUCUUUUUAAAUAGUGAGCCAACAUGUUUCCAGCACUUUUAUUUCCAUGACUGAUCAAAACUAAUUUUCUCAUGCUCUCUCUUGUCUCUCUGCAGCAGACAUACUAUAUAGUGAGAAAUAUGUUUGGACCAUCAAAUUGCAAUAAAAUCGCAGUAUCGAAUCGCAAUACAUAUAAAAUCAUGAGAAUCGCAAUACAUAUCGUAUCGGCACCUAAGUAUUGUGAUAAUAUCGUAUUGUGAGAUCCCUGGCAAUUCCCAGCCCUACUACCUCCUCUCUUUUACCCCUCUCUUCAAAACGGCAGGUGGAUCAGCUGACCUCCAAGCUACUGUGUUGUAUUACUACUAACUAGCCACAUUGAUACAUUGAAACUACAGACUGUACGAUCCUCACUGAAACCCCUCUUUUCCUCCCUCUCCUUUCUCCUCCUCCUCAUCCCUCUCCUCUCCCAGGUGGAUCAGCUGACCCAGCAGCUGACGGAGAAGGCGGACUGGUGCAGCGAGCUGCUGCUGGCGUCCGAGCAGCUGCAGCGCGAGGUGGGUGAGCGCAACGAGGAGAUCGACAAGCUGGAGGACCGCAUCCGCGAGCUGGAGGAGGCACUGCUGGCCAGCACCGAGACAGUGAGAGAGAGAAGGGAGAGAUGGAUGGAGAGGAAGGGGGGAUGGAUGAAGUGGGAUAGAGACUGAGAGAGAACAACAAAGAGAGGAAGGUGGAAAAAGAGAGGAGAGGGACAAGGAGAGAAAGAGAGAGUGGAAAAGAGAGUGGAGUGGGGAGAGGUAAAGGGAGCUAGAAAGGGAGAGAGAGAAGGAGACACUCCUACUCCUUUCUACCGCUGCUGUUGAUGAUGCUGUGUUAAGGCUAGCGACUGUCAAGAUUUCUCCCCAGAGGGAGUGUGUGUGUGUUGGGGGGGGGGGGGGGGGGGUCUUCUAUCCUUGUGGGGACCUAAAGUCUCUGCAAGGAUAGUAAAACAAGGAAAAUUCUCCUUUGUGGGGACAAUACCCACGUCCCCAUUAGGACAAAGGCUAUUUUAAGCUUAGGGGUUAGGGAUACAAUUAGGGUUAGAGUUACGGGUUAAGGUUAGGGGUUAGGGAAAAUAGGAUUUUCAAUGGAAAUUAAUUUUAGGUCCCCAUGAGGAUAGAAGAACAUAACGUGUGUGUGAGAGAGAAGAUGGAGUGUGUGUGCAUGUUAGUGUCAGAAUGAGAGUGUGUGUUCUGGUAGAGUGUGAGAGAAUGACAGCAUGAAGCUACAUGUGGAUAUAGUUAGAAGUUUACAUACACUUAGGUUGGAGUCAUUAAAACUCGUCUUUCAACCACUCCACACAUUUCUUGUUAUCAAACUAUAGUUUUUGCAAGUGGGUUAGGACAUCUACUUUGUGCAUGACACAAGUAAUUUUUCCAACAAUUGUUUACAGACAGAUUAAUUAACUUAUAAUUCACUGUAUCACAAUUCCAGUGGGUCAGAAGUUUACAUACACUAAGUUGACUAUGCCUUUAAACAGCUUGGAAAAUUCCAGAAAAUGAUGUCAUGGCUUUAGAAGCUUCUGAUAGGCGGAUUGACAUCAUUUGAGUCAAUUGAAGGUGUACCUGUGGAUGUAUUUCAAGGCCUACCUUCAAACUCAGUGCCUCUUUGCUUGACAUCAUGGGAAAAUGAAAAGAAAUCAGCCAAGACCUCAGAAAAAAAAUUGUAGACCUCCACAAGUCUGGUUCAUUCUUGGGAUCAAUUUCCAAACGCCUGAAGGUACCACGUUCAUCUGUACAAACAAUAUCUCUAGCUGCAUCUCCUAGAGAUGAACGUACUUUGGUGCGAAAAGUGCAAAUCAAUCCCAGAACAACAGCAAAGGACCUUGUGAAGAUGCUGGAGGAAACAGGUACAAAAGUAUCUAUAUCCACAGUAAAACUAGUCCUAUAUCGACAUAACCUGAAAGGCCCCUCAGCAAGGAAGAAGCCACUGCUCCAAAACCGCCAUAAAAAAGCCAGACAACGGUUUGCAACUGCACAUGAGGACCAAGGAGAAAUGUCCUCUGGUCUGAUGAAACAAAAAUAGAACUGUUUGGCCAUAAUGACCAUCGUUAUGUUUGGAGGAAAAAGGGGGUUGCUUGCAAGCCAAAGAACACCAUCCCAACCGUGAAGCACGGGGGUGGCAGCAUCAUGCUGUGGGGGUGCUUUGCUGCAGGAGGGACUGGUGCACUUCACAAAAUAGAUGGCAUCAUGAGGAAGGAAAAUUAUGUGGAUAUAUUGAAGCAACAUCUCAAGACAUCAGUCAGGAAGUUAAAGCUUGGUCACAAAUGGGUCUUCCAAAUGGACAAUGACCCCAAGCAUACUUCCAAAGUUGUGGCAAAAUGGCUUAAGGACAACAAAGUCAAGGUAUUGGAGUGGCCAUCACAAAGCCCUGACCUCAAUCCUAUAGAAAAUAUGUGGGCAGAACUGAAAAAGCUUGUGCGAGCAAUGAGGCCUACAAACCUGUCAGGAGGAAUGGGCCAAAAUUCACCCCUUAUUGUGGGAAGCUUGUGCAAGGCUACCCGAAACGUUUGACCCAAGUUAAACAAUUUAAAGGCAAUGCUACCAAAUACUAAUUGAGUGUAUGUAAACUUCUGACCCACUGGGAAUGUGAUGAAAGAAAUAAAAGCUUAAAUAAAUCAUUCUCUCUACUAUUAUUCUAACAUGUCACAUUCUUAAAAUAAAGUGGUGAUGCUAACUGACCUAAGACAGUCACUUUUUACUAGGAUUAAAUGUCAGGAAUUGUGAAAAACUGAGUUUAAAGUAGUAUGUAAACUUCCGACUUCAACUCUAUAUGGAUGUGUGUGUGUGUGUGUGUGUGUGUGUGCACGCAUUGGUAAGAAAGGAGACUGAGUGUACAAGCAUUACCCAAUGUCAUGGCUGAGAAUGUGUGUCCAUAAUAAUGAGUACUGCAACCAAGUACUGCAACUAAUAUCACUGUUGGCUGGCUGAAACAUAGAGCAGUGAAAAAAAUGGCCCCAUACCAUGCUACUGCCCAGAUGAUCAAGUGCAUGACAUCGCAGAUACUGUAUAUGAUGUAUGACUGUGUGUGUGGCUAUCCUGAGAUUUGUGUGUUUGCUUGUGUGUACAGUACCAGUCAAAAGUUUACACACCUACUCAUUCAAGGGUUUUUCUUUAUUUUUUGUUCUACAUUGUAGAAUAAUAGUGAAGACAUCAAAACUAUGAAAUAACACAUAUGGAAUCAUGUAGUAACCAAAACAUAUAUUUUAGAUUUUAGAUUCUUCAAAGUAGCCACCCUUUGCCUUGAUGACAGCUUUGCACAUUAUUGGCAUUCGCUCAACCAGCUUUUCAAACAGUCUUGAAGGAAAAGCACUUGUUGGCUGCUUUUCCUUCACUCUGCGUUCCAACUCAUCCCAAACCAUCUCAAUUGGGUUGAGGUCGGGUGAUUGUGGAGGCCAGGUCAUCUAAUGUAGCACUCCAUCACUCUCCUUCUUGGUCAAAUAGCCCUUACACAGCCUGGAGGUGUUUUUUUGGUCAUUGUCCUGUUGAAAGACAAAUGAUAGUCCCACUAAGCGCAAACCAGAUGGGAUGUUGUAUUGCUGCAGAAUGCUGUGGUAGCCAUGCUGGUUAAAUGUGCCUUGAAUUCUAAAUAAAUCACAGACAGUGUCACCAGCAAAGCACCAUCACACCUCCUCCUCCAUGCUUCACGGUGGGAACCACACAUGCGGAGAUCAUCCGUUCACCUACUCACAAAGACACGGGGGUUGGAACCAAAAAUCUCAAAUUUGGACUCAUCAGACCAAAGGACAUAUUUCCACCGGUCUAAUGUCCAUUGCGCGUGUUUCUUGGCCCAAGCAAGUCUCUUCUUCUUAUUGGUGUCUUGGUUUCUUUUCUCUGGGUCUUCCUUUCAUGUGGUGGUCCUCAUGAGAGCCAGUUUCAUCAUAGCGCUUGAUGGUUUUUGCGACUGCACUUGAGGAAACUUUCAAAGUUCUUGACUGACUUGCAUGUCUUAAAGUAAUGAUGGACUGUUGUUUCUCUUUGCUUAUUUGAGCUGUUCUUGCCAUAAUAUGGACUUGGUCUUUUACCAAAUAGGGCUAUCUUCUGUAUACCGCCCCUACCUUGUCACAACACAACUGAUUGGCUCAAACUCAUUAAGAAGGAAAGAAAUUCCACAAAUUAACUUUUAACAAGGCACACCUGUUAAUUGAAAUGCAUUCCAUGAAGCUGGUUGAGAGAAUGCCAAGAGUGUACAAAGCUGUCAUCAAGGCAAAGGGUGUCUACUUUGAAGAAUCUCAAAUAUAACAUCUAUUUUGAUUUGUUUAAUACUUUUUUAGUUACUGCAUGAUUCCAUAUGUGUUAUUUCAUAGUUUUGAUAUCUUCACUAUUAUGUAAAAAAUAGUAAAAAUAAAGAAAAACCCUUCAAUGAGUGUGUCCAAACCUUUGACUGGUACUGUACGUGUGCGUGCUUGGCUCAUGACUGGUCGCUAAAUAAUAAUGUAUUGUGUGUGUGUUUCAGGUGGAGGAUAAGAGGCAGCUUGUGUCUGUUAGUGAGCUUGGGGACGCCUCACUGGAGGUUCAGCUACAGACUGAAAGAGAGGCUCUGGACAGGAAAGAGAAAGAGGUAAUAUACUGGUCUUGUGGGGGUUUCUUUCUUUCACAUGUUUGGAAGGGAAUUUCUAAGUAGCCAAUCCAGCACAGUGUCAAAGCUAGCCAGCGAAAACCUUGAACGGUUAUCACGUCCACGAUGAUUUAUACAAAGUGGACCAUUCCUCUACUUGUUGCAUCCCUUUGCCCGCCAUCUUUCACUUCACCUCAAAUCGCGCUCCUUCAAUAGCCAGUGAUGGACACAAGACAGGUCCCAACUUAGAUUUCAAGUCCCCUGUUCAGUAGUCGAUGCCCUGGUCCUCAGUUAGAACACACAAGACACCAGCUUGACUCCCCCCUUCCCCCUUCUCCCCUCCAGAUCAGUAACCUGGAGGAGCAGCUGGAGCAGUUCCGGGAGGAGCUGGAGAACAAGAAUGAUGAGGUGCAGCAGCUACACAUGCAGCUGGAGAUCCAGAGGAAGGAGCUGAGCACCCAGCAGCAAGACCUGGAGACCAAGGACCGCCUGCUCCAGGUAAUCGGCCAACACACAGCUAGGCUAGCAUGUAGGUAGCCUUAGCCCCCACACAGCUAGGCUAGCAUGUAGGUAGCCUUAGCCCCCACACAGCUAGGCUAGCAUGUAGGUAGCCUUAGCCACCACACAGCUAGGCUAGCAUGUAGGUAGCCUUAGCCCCCACACAGCUAGGCUAGCAUGUAGGUAGCCUUAGCCCCCACACAGCUAGGCUAGCAUGUAGGUAGCCUUAGCCACCACACAGCCAGGCUAGUGUAGGUAGCCUUAGCCCCCACACAGCUAGGCUAGCAUGUAAGUAGCCAUAGCCCCCACACAGCCAGGCUAGUAUGUAAGUAGCGUUAGCCUCCACACAGCCAGGCUAGUAUGUAGAUAGCCUCAGCCACAACGCCAGACUAGCAUGUAAGUAGCCAUAGCCCCCACACAGCCAGGCUAGUAUGUAGGUAGCCUCAGCCACAACACUAGACUAGCAGGUCGAUAGUUUAGCCAACACACAGCUAGGCUAACAUUUAGAUAUACGCAAGCCAGACAGUUAGACUAGCAGCAACCAGGUAAAACACAACAAUCCAACAUAUUGGUAGUCUUAGCCACAAAAAAAGGCAAACAUUAUAAACCCUUUAUAAUGCCUAUAUAGAUGCUACAGAAAUAAUUUACAAGCUAAUUCUAUAUACAGUGCAAGUAUUCAGACCCCUUGACUUUUUCCACAUUUUGUUACGUUACAGCCUUAUUCUAAAAUUGAUUAAAAAAAUAUAUAUAUAUCAUCAAUUUACACAUAGUACCCCAUAAUGACGAAGCAAAAACUGGUUUUUAGAAAUGUUGGCAAAUUGAAAUAUUACAUGUACAUAAGUAUUCAAACCCUUUACUCAGUACUUUGUUGAAGCACCUUUGGAAGUGAUUACAGCCUUGAGUCUUCUUGGGUAUGACGCUACAAGCUUGGCACACCUGUAUUUUGGGAGUUUCUCCCAUUCUUCUCUGCACAUCCUCUUUAGCUCUGUCAGGUUGGAUGGGGAGCGUCGCAGCACGGUUAUUUUCAGGUCUCUCCAGAGAUGUUAGAUCGGGUUCAAGUCCGGGUUCUGGCUGGGCCACUCAAGGACAUUCAGAGACUUGUCCCGAAGCCACUCCUAUGUUGUCUUGGCUGUGUGCUUAGGGUUGUUGUCCUGUUGGAAGGUGAACCAUCACCCCAGUCUGAGGUCCUGAGCGCUCUGGAGCAGGUUUUCAUCAUGAAUCUCUCUGUACUUUGCUCCAUUCAUCUUUCCCUCGAUCCUGACAAGUCUCCCAGUCCCUGCCGCUGAAAAACAUCCCCACAGCAUGAUGCUGCCACCACCAUGCUUCACCGUAGGGAUGGUGCCAGGUUUCCUCCAGAUGUGACGCUUGGCAUUCAGGCCAAAGAGUUCAAUCUUCAUCAGACCAGAGAAUCUUGUUUCUCAUGGUCAGAGUCUUUAGGUGCCUUUUGGCAAACUCCAAGUGGGCUGUCAUGUGCCUUUUACUGAGGAGUGGCUCCCGUCUGGCCACUCUACCAUAAAGGCCUGAUUGGUGGAGUGCUGCAGAGAUGGUUGUCCUUCUGGAAGGUUCUCCCAUCUCCACAGAGUAACUUUGGAGCUCUGUCAGAGUGCACCAUCGGGUUCUUGGUCACCUCCCUGACCAAGGCCCUUCUCCCCCGAUUGCUCAGUUUGGCCAGGCGGCCAGCUCUAGGAAGAGUCUUGGUGGUUCCAAACUUAUUCAAUUUAAGAAUGAUGGAGGCCACUGUGUUCUUGGGGACCUUCAAUGCUGCAGACAUUUUUUGGUACCCUUCCCCAGAUCUGUGCCUUCACACAAUCCUGUCUCGGAGCUCUACGGACAAUUCCUUCAACCUCAUGGCUUGAUUUUUGCUCUGACAUGCACUGUCAACUGUGGGGCCUUAUAUAGACAGGGGUGUGCCUUUCCAAAUCAUGUCCAAUCAAUUGGAUUUACCACAGGUGGACUCCAAUCAAGUUGUAGAAACAUCUCAAGGAUGUUCAAUGGAAACAGGAUGCACCUGAGCUCAAUUUCGAGUCUCAUAGCAAAGGGUCUGAAUACUUACACUACCAGUCAAAAGUUUGGACAAACCUACUCAUUCAAGGGUUUUUCUUUAUUUUGUACUAUUUUUUACAUUGUAGAAUAAUAGUGAAGACAUCAAAUCUAUGAAAUAACACAUAUGGAAUCAUGUAGUAACCAAAGAAGUGUUAAACAAAUCAAAAUAUAUUUUAUAUUUGAGAUUCUUCAAAUAGCCACCCUUUGCCUUGAUGACAGCUUUGCACACUCUUGGCAUUCUCUCAACCAGCUUCAUGAGGUAGUCACCUGGAAUGCAUUUAAAUUAACAGGUGUGUUUUCUUAAAAGUUAAUUUGUGGAAUUUCUUUCCUUCUUAAUGUGUUUGAGCCAAUCAGUUGUGUUGUGACAAGGUAGGGGGGGUAUACAGAAGAUAGCCCUAUUUGGUAAAAUACCAAGUUCUUAUUAUGGCAAGAACAGCUCAAAUAAGCAAAGAGAAAUGACAGUCCAUCGUUACUUUAAGACAUGAAGGUCAGUCAAUACGGAACAUUUCAAGAACAUUUAAAGUUUUUUCAAGUGCAGUUGCAAAAACCAUCAAGCGCUAUGAUGAAACUUGCUCUCAUGAGGACCACCACAGGAAUGGAAGACCCAGAGUUACCUCUGCUGCAGAGGAUACGUUCAGUAGAGUUACCAGCCUCAGAAAUUGCAGCCCAAAUAAAUGCUUCACAGAGUUGAAGUCAGAGACACAUCUCAACAUCAACUGUUCAGAGGAUUGCUGCAAAGAAACCACUACUAAAGGACACCAAUAAGAAGAAGAGACCUACUUGGGCCAAGAAACACGAGCAAUGGACAUUAGACCGGUGGAAAUGUGUCCUUUGGUCUGGAAUCCAAAUUUGAUUUUUGGUUCCAACCGCCGUGUUUUUGUGAGACACGGUGUGGGUGAACGGAUGAUCUCCGCAUGUGUAGUUCCCACCGUAAAGUUUGGAGGAGGAGGUGUUAUGGUGUGGGGGUGCUUUGCUGGUGACACUGUGAUUUAUUUAGAAUUCAAGGCACACUUAACCAGCAAUGCUACCACAGCAUUCUGCAGCGAUACACCAUCCCAUCUGGUUUGGGCUUAGUGGGACUGUCAUUUGUUUUUCAACAGGACAAUGACCCAACACACCUCCAGGCUGUGUAAAGGCUAUUUUACCAAGAAGGAGAGUAAUGGAGUGCUGCAUCAGAUGACCUGGCCUCCACAAUCCCCUGACCUCAACCCAAUUGAGAUGGUUUGGGAUGAGUUGGACGGCAGAGUGAAGGAAAAGCAGCCAACAAGUGCUCAGCAUAUGUGGGAACUCCUUCAAGACGGUUGGAAAAGCAUUCCAGGUGAAGCUGGUUGAGAAUGCCAAGAGUGUGCAAAGUUGUCAUCAAGGCAAAGAGUGGCUAUUUGAAGAAUCUCAAAUAUAAAAUAUAUUUUGAUUUGUUUAACACUUGUUUGGUUACUAUAUGAUUCCAUAUGUGUUAUUUCAUAGUUUUGAUGUCUUCACUAUUAUUCUACAAUGUAAAAAAUAGUAAAAAUAAAGAAAAACCCUUGAAUGAGUAGGUGUGUCCAAACUUUUGACUGUUACUGUAUGUAAAUAAGGAAUUUCGGUCAAAACAUUUUUAAUACAUUUGCUAGAAUUUCUAAAAACCUAUUUUCACUUUGUCAUUAUGGGGUAUAGUGUGUAGAUUGAUGAGGAAAUAUUUUUAUUUAAUCAAUUUUCGAUUAAGGCUUUAACGUAACAAAAUGUGGAAAAGGUCAAGGGGUCUGAAUACUUUCCGAAUGCACUGUAUAUGCCACAUUAGCCAAAGCACCAAAUGUGGGACCGGUUGGGCUAAUAUGGUACUGAUAGGUAGUAUCCCCACACCAAAGAUAAACAAUUCCCCCAUAAAUGUUCCUUCUCUAUUGUCCCAGAUUAAGGGUGAGUUUUUUUGUGUUGAGAGCCAGCAGAUUAUAAUUUCCGACAUAUGAUACACUUUUGAAGGUGAUGGAGGAGAAGGACAGGGAAAUAAAGCUUCUUAAUGAGCAGAUGGCUAAGCUUCAACACACGGAAACAGCCCCUGAUAACAAGGUAACCCCAUAUACAUAUAUGUUACAGACAGACCACUUGUUCUUCUGUUCACAUAUAUGUAUAUCUCUGUGAUAGUGGAUCAGUGUGUGUGUUGUGUGACAGCCGUUCACUUUAUUUGUUAUUUUUGUUUUGACGGAACCUACCAUUUUAUUUUAGGUUUUGGUAAGUAGGCCUCCCAUGCUCUGUUGUCUUGUGUUGUGACAUUUUCUUUAAAUUGGCUUACUAAACAUCUGAGAACACUUGGAACACCCUAGAAAUGUCCAACAAAUCAGAAUUGGUUCCUGAAGUACCGUUAUUACAGUUUCCCAACCUAAAAUGUUACCUGAUUGGUUGAUCAAACCAAACAUUAUCAAUAUUAACUAUCUUGCCGUGGUACAACUGUUUCUCAGAGGUUCACCAGAAAGCAUGAGCCGGUCUUUUUCCUCCUCAUCUUUGUUCUUAUUCCUACAUUCACUGCUCCGUCCUUCCCUUUAGGAAAUAGACGCAAAGGAUGAACUACUGCGUGAGCUGGAGUCCCAGGUGGAGUGCAUGCGGAGUGAGCAGCAGCGCCUGAAAAGAAACAGUGAGGAGGAACUGGAGCAGCUCAACGCAGUCAUCGACAAGCUCCAGGAGGAGCUGACCAACAUCGAGCGGAAGCAAUCCUCGGAGACGGACGAGGAGCUCAAGGGCCAGUUGGAGAGCCAGGUCCGAGGUCCCAGCAAGGAGGAAUAUGAUGAAAUGAAGCAAAAGAUGGACCUGGCUACCCAAGAGCUGGACACCAUCAAAGCCGAGCACUGCUCGCUCUUGGAGAGGUACCAGUGCUUGCAGGUAAGCAGGCUAGCAUUAGCCGAAUCGGAAAAGGAACAGUCGGACAACACCGCGAUGGAGCUGCAUGACGCCCUCAGGGAGAAGACGGCGGAAUUCUUGGUGGUGCAGGCUCAAAUUCAGGCGCUGGAGCAGAGCACCACCUCCAGGGUGGAGGAGCUGAGCCGUCGCGUCCAGGAACUUGAGGCCUGUGUCAGAGAGAGGGAUUCUGAACUGACUCGCUGCCGGUUCCUGGUGGAGCGGGCCCAGGAGGAUGCCGAUGAGCUCCAGCGCAAGGUCCAGGACCUGGAGGACAAGCUUAGGGAGAGGGUGGCGGCCGCGCUUGUCAGCCAGGCCCAACUGGGCGCCGUCCAGCAACAGUCGCAUCUAUCGCAGGAGUCCAAGGGCCAGAGAACCAAAGAAUCCAGCCACCAGGAUCCCCAGGGACAGAUGGAGGUACUGGACUUUGGGUUUACAGGAUCGUCCCGAGCAGCGGAGAUCCAAGGAGCCAAACAGGGCCCCACAGGGAAGGUGGUCCUCCUGACGGAGAAGCUCCGUGAGCUGGAGGUGGGCCUGAGUGGCAUGCAGAAGGACCAGGAGCUGCAGAAGCAGCUGCUCUCCAGCUCAGAGGAGGAGGUGCUGGAGUACGAGAAGAGGCUGGUCGUGCUCAUGGAUCUGCUCAAUCAGAUGAGGACGAUCAAGCCUGGUGGACAACAGAGAAUGUUUCCAGCCGCAGAGGUAGGAGUGAACUUUAGCCUUCACUUAUUGCCUAUGGGAGUUAAGUUAGCGCUAGCCUGUACCACCUCCUAUAAAUUCACUUUAGAGGGUUAGAGUUAGCCUGCACUACUUCCCAUGGAUUAAUUAAUUACCUUUAGCCUACACUGCCUUUAGAUGUUUUUCACAGUUUGAAAUGCUGACAAGCUGCUAUCUCUUUGAACUGAACCAGACUCCAUCUUCUGGAGGCAACAAGCCAGCUAUAUCUGAGAUGCUACAGGAACUACAAGAGGUCAGGGAUGAGGCUUCAGUCACCAAAGAACAGCUCAGCAGUUACAGGGAGAGCAGCAAUAAACUCCAGCAGGAGCUCAAGGUAUGUAAUAUCACACUCAACAACCGUGUUUGAUUAGUGCUCUAUUCAACUUAUUGCUGGAGAGGGAGUUACAAUUAUCACAUAUUUUCCUUUUUUAGGCAAAAGAGGUUGCAAUAGCAAAGCUUCAGGAAGACCUUCAAAGGGUAAGAAACAAAGGGUUCCUCCGAUUUGCCAUAGGCACAGACACAGUACAAUUCUACUUUGCCUCAGAGUUGCUAAAGUAUUGCAAUACUUUCUUGUUCUUGACAUUCCCUUAAAUUCAUUGUCUUGAAAUCCAAGUUCUAGAAAUUCUAACAUCUAACACAUCUACCUUUGACACCAGGUGUCAUCGGGAGGCGGUGAGGCCAAGGUGUCGGAGCUCCAUCGGGAGCUGAAGGAGGUCAAAGAGGAGGCCGCGGCCACCAAAGAGGAGCUCAGCAGCUACAGGGAACGCUGUGACAAACUACAGGAGCUGCUACAGGUAUGAACACAGUCCCAAUCAACCAGUGUUCAGCAGAGCAAAGAACUAUGGGAGUUGCAGUCUUCCAGUGCCAAACUUUGUUGAUUUUAUUAAUUGUCCAUUUUUUGUGAAUAACUGUACAUUUAAAAAAUGUUGAUCAAAUAGGAAGUUGUAUGUGUAGUCUUUUCAGUGAUUAACCAAUCCGACCAUUUCAUUAAAAAAAUGUGUACCAAAGGAGAGAGAGAUGACCAUAGCACAUCUCAAGGGUGAACUCGACCGGGUAAGUGUAUAUUGCUGCAAGGAAGAAUAUUCCAACUUUACUCAACAAUAUGGAAAAAUAUCUAUUGGUAUGUCUUCACUUGUGUAUGGAUUUUGGUGUCUCCUAACUUCACAGGCUUCAUCGGAAGAUGACGGUGCCGCCGCGUCCGAGCUUCUCCAAGAGCUCCAGGAGGUCCGAGACGAGGCAGCCGUUACCAAAGAACACCUGAACAGCUUCAGAGAGUGCAGCGAUAAACUCCAGAACGAACUCCAAGUCCGCGACCUGUCCAUCGCACAGCUUCAAGAGGAGCUCCAACAGCUCAGAGUAGCCUUGGCGAAAACCGCAGAGUCACCGUCACCACUAUCCCCACUAUCACCAUCUCAGUCUCCCUCACCCCAGCAGCACCAGCCAGCACCAGCCUCCAAUCCGAAAAAGAAAGGCGGCAAACCGCAAGACCACCGCCAAGGGGCCAAGGGAAAAAUGGCUGCUGCUGCCAAAGACAAACCAUCGCUCUCCAGGAAGAACUCUGCCGCGGCGAACCAAAUGACCUCCGACAAAUCGUCCGGUCAAUCAUCUGGUCUUAAUGGAUCUCUGCCUCGUACAGACACUGGCACCCAGACGGAGACAUUUUCCUCCCAGACAUCUGGCCAUCCCAGGUCUGUGUCAGAGGAAGAGGUGGAGGAGAUGAUCGGGGAGUACCAGGAGAAGAUCGUACAGAUGCAGGAGCUGCACGCGGCGGAGAUCCUGGACAUGGAGGCCCGGCACAUCGCAGAGAGCGAGGCCCUGAAGAGGGACGCUCAGAUGCUAGAGGAGGAGUGCAAGGCUCUCAAGACCGUCAUCGAGAAGUUGCAACGCUCUCACGAGGUGAGUCCGUUCGGCGACAUCUCAGCAGACCUGGGUUGUGUUCAUUAGGCACAAAACAGAAGUGAGUAAGACUACCUGGACGCUUGUUUUCGUUUUCUGUUGCAGAACACGGUUUCAGACUGUUUUCUUUCGUUUGGUGCUUAAUAAACACGACCGAGAUGAUGAGCUUGACAUUUUUAUGGGGGAGUGGGGACGUAAAGGAACUCAAACUCUUCUGUGUACUGACCUGGUUUCAUGCCCUCCAGGCCCCCUCAUCGAGACCAGAGCGUCCCGCAGGAUCGCAAUUCAAAGACGGCUACACCAGUGGUAAGUUGUUGUAGUCUCACAUAUCGCACCUCCAUGCCAAAUGUGAGCCUCUGUAUUCAAUGCUAUGCCGAGUCUCAAGAGGUCACAUGCUUUCCCUAGUAAUCACAAUAUCCUAGGCUAUAUAACACCUUCACAAUCAAUGCAUAAAUAUGUAUACAAUACAGUAUCAACAAACACAGAAUUUUACGAGUCAUGGUGUGACUCUUUUGGGUUGAUGCAUAUGUUUGCUGGUGUUUGUGACAAUGGAUGCGUUGCAUGACUUGAGAAAAUGUUAUUUUGCAUGCCUAUUCAAAGACAGAGUUUUGCUUCCAUUGGUAUGCAAUGUUAACCUUGUGUGUACCCUAUUGCAGACAGCAGUUCUGACUGGAGUCAGCGGACAGGCUAUGACCUGCCUAAUCUGCAGCAGGAGUUCAGGACCACGCCAGAGGGAGCCAGGAAAGAGACAGACGAUGCACUGCCUGACAAAAUUAAGGUACAAGAACUGCAUUUGGCAGUUAAUUAUGUCUUUAUAUGCCAAUCUGUGUAUUUGAGUGUAUUGGUGUAGAUGUCUGGUUUGCACAUGGUUUUAUGUUUAUGAGAUGAAUGUCUGUACAUGUGUCCACUCCAGAACCUGCUCCGUGAGGUGCACCAGGAGGGUAUGCAGGUGCUGUCCCUGUCAGAGCUGCCAAUCCCAGAGGGUGAGGCUGACCCAGCCAGCCUGCUCCACCAUGCCCAGGGCUGGCCCAAAGAGAGAGAGGCCUUGCUGGCCACCGUGGAGUCCCUCAAGGCCCUCAUUGCCCAGAUGCAGACGCACAGCAGGGAAACACAGGUACAGUACUGGUAGCGUCUGUACUGUGUAGCGCGGAUACUUUGUACAAGUAGCCUCUCUUAAAUACAGUAGGGGUUUUGUUGGUCUUAGUUUAACCCCCUAAGGUCGAUGACUGCGCCCACGUGAAAAUCGAAUUAGCUAGAGAUAUCUGUCUCAAUCCACCACAUCCACCUAUGUCGCACUUCCGCAUCUGCGGUGAAAGGUGACAGAGCUACAGCAGUGUUUGUCGGACCGUGAGACAUUUUGCUCUACGACCCCUACAAGCGUCUUGGGACUCGUCUGAAGUCGGUACAGCUGAUCUACCAACUUCUGUCUGUAGCGUCCGAACAGUUUGGGCUCUAGGAAACCCACAGUCCUCACUCGUCUGAAGGUCCCCCGGUACCAGUCGAAAAAAUAAUGGAAAUAUAUAUGGAGACUGUUUAGUGGCAAAAAUAAGGGGUUAAAUACAUGUUAAAAAAUAUAUAACAAAUGUUUCCUGAUCUUUCUUGUAUAUCUGAGAUAUAGAAUAGACACUUCAGAACAAACUUCCUUUAGAUUUUUUGGGGGGACUGUCUGAUGUUCCAUGUAGUGAAUCUGUUAAUCAAUGCGUUUGUAUGGGCUAAUAGCAGUAAGGCCAAAUAAACAUUUACAUCAAAUAAGUGUUUUCUAUAUAUAGCUUAGUGGAACACCCCCCCCCCCCCAGCUUAGACUGAUGGGUUAAAUGAAACAUAGCUUUUAAGGAAACCGUUUUUUCCACCUGUUUUCUAUAAAUAUGUGUCUGUGCUUGUGUAUGUUCAGACUCCAGGUAGUGCGGACUGGCGUGGAGAGCUGCUGGGGGCGGUGCAGCAGGUGUUUGUGAGGGAGCGGAGUGUGCUGAAGAGCACCCUCUAUGCCCGACUGGACCAGCUGGACACUAGCGACGCUAUCAUCCACCUCAACCAACUGGAGCACAGGCUAGCCGAGCAGGUCACUGAAAAACGAUGUAAACUUUAGCCUAACUUCUGGCUAACCUUAGCAUUAGCCUCAACUAGCUGGAGCACAGGCUAGCCGAGCAGGUAGCUAAUAAACACACUCAGGUUAGCCUAUUAACUAGCUGGAGAGUGGGAUAUAGCCAAUAGGUAAUACAAAAAAAUAGAGCCGUUUUAGUCUAGGGUCUAUUUCUCCACUUUGUAGAAAAACCUGGUGGUCACAUGCAUUGUUUUUAAGUUCCAAGGCUAAACUGUGUAUGUGUGUAUAUCUACAGGACACCCAUCACAGGGAUGCCAUGGGGAUGCUGCAGGCUGCAGACAGAAGCAGUUUGCUGACAGAGGUCCUGCAGCUCCAGGCCCAGCUACAACAAAUCCAAGCCCAGGAGCCUGGCAGAGGAGGCAGAUCCAAUCAAGGUCUGUAGUCUGGCCCUCCAAUGGCUUCUCAUACCGUGUGUGUGUUUGUGUGUGGUAAGGACACAGGGAUGAUGGAUGAAUGGGUGGGGGCUGGAUGAAUGGAUGGAUAAAUUCAUUGAUUUAUUGAUUGACUGACUAAUAUCUAUAGUAAAUUGUCUUAGAUGAGGUCACAGCUAUUCAACUCAAUGCAACCAAUAUCAUGAAUUUAAAAAGGAGAAACAGCAGCUGAUUCUAAUGCCUUGCAUGUUGUUUUGUCUGGCUGCUCGUCCCACUCAGGUGUUCAGCCCAGUGUUCAGCCUGGUGUUGAGCAGCAGAGGGAGAGAGGAGCUCCUCAGUCUGGUUUGAGUGGCGUUCAGGAGACCCCCACACUGCAGCAGGCUGACAGGGCUCUGCUGGAGGAGCUGAAGGGAGAGCUGGCCCAGACCAAACUAGAGCUGGAGACUACACUCAAGGCCCAGCACAAACACCUGAAGGAGCUGGACACAAUCAGGUAAGGUUUUAAUGCACGCUCACACACACACACACACACUGUGUCUUAGUUUGACAUAAAAGAGCAGAAUAUUCUCAGGUAAGACUAUUUAGAGAUAUACAGAAACAAACAUCGACUUACACUCACCUUCCCAGCCUCGGUAUUACAUACACAUAUAGUUGACCUUCCUGGUUGCUGUUGGAUGGAUCCAGACUGGUGUCGUUGUCUUUGUUUCUAGAACGGAGGUGUCACAGAAGGCUGCUGAGGUGAACACCCUGACGGACAGACUUGCAGGCGAACAGAAGAAGGCCAGAGAGCUGCAGUGGGCCAUCGAGAAGGAGAAGUGUAAAUCAGACAAGAAAGAGGAGAUUGAGAGCGAGGAGCUGGAGGUAAGACAGUUUGUAGUGAAGGUAGUAGACUGGUGUAAUUUCACACAAGUGUGAUCAGGUAUGUGUAUACUUGUUUCCACAUUUCUUCACUUUAGUGUAUUUUACUUAAAUGUAGUGUUUUACUGAUGUGUUCACCUUAGUCACUGGAGUAUGUCUACUCAAGUGUUUUUCACACGUAUCUCUGUCUUUACACCCCUUCCCUCCAGGAUCUCAAACUGGCCUUAGAGGAGCAGCAGAGUCACGUAGCCCAGCUGACCUCAGCCCUAGACCAGGAGCGCCAGUCCACCUCCCAGCUCUCAGUCCAGGCCGAACAGGAGCGCUCCAGGCUGCAGACCCAGGCCUCAAAGCUCCACGUCCAGCUAGAGUCGGAGCGAGCCCGGGCCCAGGAGCUGAGUAGCGCCCUGGGGAGAGAGAAGGAGCUCCGCCAGCAUGGCUCCUCCUGGGGUGAAAGCCCAGAGGGGGAGGGGGCUGAGAGGGGGGAGGAUGAAGUGGUGGGAGGGACGAUGUCAUCCGAAGCGCUUCUGGAGGGACUGCGGAGGGAGCUGGACGAGAAGCAUGCUCAGGUGGGCUGUUUGUUUGUAGAUGAAGCAGAUACACACACGUACAUACACACUAGUUUACUUACAGUAAGUCUUAUGAUGCAAUGAAGGGGGCUGUGCUUCGACCGAUUGGUUCUCCUCCAUGUCUUUCUCACGCAAACACCCACAGGCACAGCCACACACAGCCCCCGAGCGCCUUCCAUUACAACUGUUGGAUUUUCAAAUCUAAACAACGAGAAAUCUCAACCCCCCAGGAUGUUUUUUUUGUUGAGAGAACCAAUCAAGUCUGCACAAUUUCUGAGCAAAUAUUGCAUAAACAAACAAACCCCUUUCAAGAACAGUGAGUCACAGCUCUUUCUCGCUGUGUGGUCACAUCAGCCAGGCUGCUGUCAAUGCCCUGCACACAGGAGAGUCACAGAAAGUGCUAGCAAAAAUAUUGUGUUGGCAUUAUGUCCAGUUACAGUACCAGUCAAAAGUUUGGACACACCUACUCAUUCAAGGGUUUUUCUUUAUUUUUACUAUUUUCUACAUUGUAGAAUAAUAGUGAAGACAUCAAAACUAUGAAAUAACACAUAUGGAAUCAUGUAGUAACCAAAAAAGUGUUAAACAAAUCAAAAUAUAUUUUAGAUUUUAGAUUCUUCAAAUAGCCACCCUUUGCCUUGACAGCUUUGCACACUCUUGGCAUUCUCUCAACCAGCUUCACUUGGAAUGCUUUUCCAACAGUCUUGAAGGAGUUCCCACAUAUGCUGAGCACUUGUUGGCUGCUUUUCCCUUCACUCUGCCGUCCGACUCAUCCCAAACCAUCUCAAUUGGGUUGAGGUCAGGGGAUUGUGGAGGCCAGGUCAUCUGAUGCAGCACUCCAUCACUCUCCUUCUUGGUCAAAUAGCCCUUACACAGCCUGGAGGUGUGUUGGGUCUUUGUCCUGUUGAAAAACAAAUGAUAGUCCCACUAAGCCCAAACCAGAUGGGAUGGCGUAUCGCUGCAGAAUGCUGUGGUAGCCAUGCAGGUUAAUUGUCACAGUGUCACCAGCAAAGCACCCCCACACCAUAACACCUCCUCCUCCAUGCUUUACGGUGGGAACUACACAUGCGGAGAUCAUCCGUUCACCCACACUGCGUCUUACAAAGACACACCGGUUGGAACAAAAAAUCUCAAAUUUGGACUGCAGACCAAAGGACACAUUUUCCACCGGUCUAUUGUCCAUUGCUCGUGUUUCUUGGCCCAAGCAGGUCUCUUCUUCUUAUCGGUGGAACCUUUAGUAGUGGUUUCUUUGCAGCAAUUCGACCAUGAAAGCCUGAUUCACACAGUCCCCUCUGAACAGUUGAUGUUGAGAUGUGUCUGUGAUUUGAACUUUGUGAAGCAUUUAUUUGGGCUGCAAUUUCUGAGGCUGGUAACUGUAAUGAAAUUAUCCUCUGUAGCAGAGGUAACUCUGGGUCUUCCAUUCCUGUGGCGGUCCUCAUGAGAGCCAGUUUCAUCAUAGCGCUUGAUGGUUUUUGCGACUGCAGUUGAAGAAACUUUCAAAGUUCUUGAAAUGUUCCGUAUUGACUGACCUUCAUGUCUUAAAGUAAUGAUGGACUGUUGUUUCUCUUUGCUUAUUUGAGCUGUUCUUGCCAUAAUAUGGACUUGGUCUUUUACCAAAUAGGGCUAUCCUCUAGUCACAACACAACUAAUUGGCUCAAACGCAUUAAGAAGGAAUGAAAUUACACAAAUUAACUUUUAACAAGGCACACCUGUUAGUUGAAAUGCAUUCCAGGUGACUACCUGGUUGAGAGAAUUCCAAGAGUGUGCAAAGCUGUCAUCAAGGCAAAUGGUGGCUAUUUGAAGAAUCUCAAAUAUUAAAUAUAUUUUGAUUUGUAUUACACUUUUUUGGUUACUAUAUGAUUCCAUAUGUGUUAUUUCAUAGUUUUGAUGUCUUCACUAUUAUUCUACAAUGGAGAAAAAAAAUGGAAAAAUAAAGAAAAACCCUUCAAUGGUAGUGUAUGUCAUGUGAUUCUGCACCCCCACUAAAUUGUGCCGCCCUAUUGGCUCAUCAGGUGCAACAUUACAUAGGCUUUGCUGUUAUAGUAACUAUAGUGACCUCCACUUCUGCAUUCCCACUGUGACCUCCUAUUUAUUCCCUCUUCAGGUGGUUAGUCUGCUGGACGAGGUGGAGGCCCAGAAGCUUGCGGCUGUGCGAUGGGAACAGGAGCUGACCUCGGCAGCUCAGAGGUCAUGCCAGGACCAGGAGGCUCUUCGGGAGGCCAGGAGCCAGCUGGAAAGCCUAGGGGAGCAGGCGCAGGAGGCCAUGGCGCAGCUGGAGAGAGAGGUGCAGCAGGGGAAGCGGCUGGAGCAAGAGAAGGAGAUGCUGCAGGAGAAAGUGGUCCGGCUGGGAGAGAUGAGAGAGGUGGGGGGGGUUGGGAGCAGUACGCAGCAGCAGCCUGAUAACCAAAACGUGGGUCACAUUUAUAUAUCCUACAUUCAUACACUUUGAAUGAACCAAAUACAGCGCUUUUGUAUCAGAUAGUACAAUUUAAAUGUGUUUUAGAGAAAAAUCCAAUAGGAAUAUGUUGUAUUGUUUUCUUAGCUAUUGGUACUACAAUAUAUUGCGUUUUUUAGGAUCUUAUUGUUAGAACCUGGCUAUGUAUGAUAAAAUAAUAAAUAAUAGAUAGCCAUGUUAACUCUGUUGUGCUGUGUUGCGCUGAGCAACAGGCCUGUAUGAUAAUCCAUAAUAGAUACGCUAUAUAUACAAAAGUAUGUGGACACCCCUUUAAAUUAGUGGAUUCGGCUAUUUCAGCCACACCCGUUGCUGACAGGUGUAUUAAAUCGAGCACACACCAUGCAAUCCAUAUACAAACAUUAGCAGUAGAAUUACCUUACUGAAGAGCUCAGUACUUUCAACGUGGCACCGAAGUACAAACGUCUAGGAGCAACAACACGAAGUGGUAGGCCACACAAGCUCACAGGACGGGACUGCUGAGUGCUAAAGCGCGUAGCCCGUAAAAAUAAUCUGUCCUCGGUUGCAACUCUCACUACCGAGUUCCAAACGGCCUCUGGAAGCAACAUCAGCACAAUAACUGUUCGUCGGGAGCUUCAUGAAAUGGGCCGAGCAGCCGCACACAAGCCUAAGAUCACCAUGCUCAAUGCCAAGCGUCGGCUGGAGUGGUGUAAAGCUCACCGCCAUUGGACUAUGGAGCAGUGGAAACGCGUUCUCUGGAGUGAUUAAUCACGCUUCACCAUCUGGUAGUCUGACGGAUAAAUCUGGGUUUGGCGGAUGCAAGGAGAACGCUACCUGCCCGAAUGCAUAGUGCCAAUUCUAAAGUUUGGUGGAGGAGCAAUAAUGGUCCAGGGCUGCAAAGGUGGGACCAACUCCAUAUUAAUGCCAAUGAUUUUGAAAUUAGACUUUCGAUGAGCAGGUGUCCAAAUACUUUUGGUCAUGUAGUGUAAUAAUGUUAAGGUGGUGCUGUUUUACGCUCAGCAACAUAAUUAUAAUGUAUUAUAAUCCACAAUUAGGGCCAUUUAAAAGUCCAUUGUACAUAAGUUAUUUAAACUCUACUGUGCUAUGUGUCUUCUGAACUGAAACUUUUCUGUACCGUGUCUGUGCCAGCAGCAGGCCGUGUGGCGAGGCAAGCCCACCGACCGGACCAGAGACUGGGUGUUCCAGCAGAAGCCUGGCGACUUGCUGACUAUCGAAUCUAGCACGCCCUCCCUCCUUGAGGUCACUGGGACAGUGGGCAACCUCGCCCCCCACCAUAACCCCAAACACUCAGACAAGGUCUUGGGCAAACUGCAGCUCAUCGCAGCCAAAAUCCAAACCAUGGUCAGCAAGGGCUCUGGCAGGUAUGUCUCAAAACAUUUGUACAUGUUAUAUUCAUGAGUUCAACAUUUGAUUGAAGUUAACUGUUGUAGUGAGUGGUCAAUAUAUGUGCAGGUGUAGAUUUAUGUAGUCAAUGUGUGGAUUGAUCCAUGUGCGUGUGUGCAGGCUGACUACGGAGGUGGACAGUGAAGGGCUGUUGUGGCUGCAGACCAACAUUGAUGAGGUCAUCACUAUGCUGCAGCAGUCCCCAGCGCUCCCCUUGGUCCCUGAAGUAAGAUGACACUUCAGACUACUUAGAUUAGAUUGUUGUUUAUUGUCCUACAAAAAUAUCUUAGCACAGCUCACACAUUAUAUACAUAAACAUUUACAUUUACGUCAUUUAGCAGACGCUCUUAUCCAGAGCGACUUACAGUUAGUGAGUGCAUACAUUUUCAUACUGGCUCCCCGUGGGAAAAGAACCCACAACCCUGGCGUUGCAAGCGCCAUGCUCUACCAACUGAGCUACAGGGGACUAAACCACAUAAAAAACCAACAGGAAACAAACAAUGGUCUUAGUCAGACUUAAAUAGUAUCCCCCUGCCCCACACCUGUACAUAUAGGAGAAAGCUACUCUACUUGAUGUAUAGAGUAUUUCAGUGACUACUGAGUACUGACAUUUCUUCUCUGCUGUGUCUAUAGAGCGCCGCCCUGCUGGCGGAAGGCCAGUCCAACUCCCUGACAGAGCGGCUGCUGAGGCAGAAUGCUGAGCUCACUGGCUUCGUCAGCCGUCUGACAGUGGAGAAGAACGAUCUGCGCAACCAGGCCCUCCGCCUGGAGGAUGAGCUUCGACGCUACCGCCAGGCUGGUCUGGGAUCAGGGGACAGCGUGAGUUACAAUACUAGAUCUAAUGCUAUUCAGGGCUAGUGACAGGUCUGGGAUCAGUACAGUACUAGUCUAAUACUAUACAGGGCCAGUGGCAGGUCAGGAAUCUAGAGAUGGGACAGAGAGUACAAUACUGGAUUGCAGAGGCACCUAGAAAUGGCAGAGAAGUAAGUGUGUGGAGACAUUGCUUUAAUUUGCACCACCCUAACACGACCCCUCUCUACCUCUAUCCCUCCCUCCAGUCCAGCAGGAGAGGCGGUGUGGACAAGCAGCAGGAGGCGGCCAGCCUUCUGUUCUCGUCGGAGCGCGAGUCCUGGACCAGGGAGAGGAGCCGGCUGGAGAAGGGCCUGCGUCUAGCCCAGGCCGAGGUGACCCGACUCAGGGGAGAGAUCCGGACAGAGUCCCUCAGAGACAUGACCGGACCGGACACAGACAACGCCACACUGAAGGUGAGCUCAAAGCUGCCCUGCAUCUCUCCAUGACACUCACCUCUUUCAAAUAUACCACUUUUCCACUCAUUGUCAGAGUUGAAUAGCAAAUAUAUUGUUGCACAUCUAUAAAACCCACUUAACUCUCACACUUACACUUUUUCAACACUCCUUUCUCCCUCUCCUAUUCCCCUUCUCCAGAGGAUGUAUGGCAAGUACCUGCGCUCCGAGAGUUUCCGCAAGGCCCUCAUCUACCAGAAGAAGUACCUGCUGCUGCUGCUCGGCGGCUUCCAGGAGUGCGAGGAAGCCACGCUGUCCCUCAUCGCCCGCAUGGGCGGCCGGCCCUCCCACUGCAGUCUGGAGUCCCUGACGCAGUGCCGCCGAGGGCUGACGCGUUUCCGCUCGGCCGUCCGCGUCUCCAUCGCCCUCUCCAGGUAAACAAUGGGAACUGAAGCGGUAGGAUGGUGUUGCAACUGUUAGGAGGCUAUAGUAUAGCUGAUCACUUAUGAUCAUGCAGACAAGCUCCACAGUUUUAAAGGUUUUAUUACUAGCAUAUCGCCCUCUCCAGGUAAACAGAGCAGCGAAGGCUGUUGUUGUUAUGAGGCUAUAGCUGCUGAAUUAUAAUGCUCUGCAGUUUAAAGGCCUUUAUGAUGAGUUUAUAGCUAAAUUAUACUUCUGAAAGGCUUAGUUAAGCUUAUAGCUAGCUUAUUAGUUAUUACUUUGAAGACAGGUGCUUGAUUGUAAACGACUGUUAUUAUGAGUUCAUACAGCAUCAGACCGUGUCAGUAGUUAUUUUGAUACAAAACACAGAUGGAUAGUUCUGAUAGAUAGUACUGUAGGCUCACAACUCAUGUACUCCAAUGGUCCUCUACCCCAUCUGUUCUUUCAGAAUGCGUUUCCUGGUCAAGCGAUGGCAUAAAGCUACGGGGAUGAGCUCCAUAACAUCUAGCAAUAUGAAUAGAAACGGUCUGGGACAGUCAACAGGUAUGGAAAUCACAUUCCCUCACACUAUCCCCAACACAAGGAAAAUGAACUGGGAAAAUCCCAUGGAAUGAAUUAACUGGUUAUCGAGUUAAAUGGUAAAGAACCAAGGUAGGCUAACCUAGGCUUACACACUUGUAAUCAAUUAAGUGCUGAUUGGUCAGGUGGUCCACAAUGCGAGCUAACCUAAAUAAAUAACCUGAAUAUUCUAAAGUGCCAGGUUCAAUAAAAAAACAGAAAAUUAAUAAUUACCUUUUUAUUGGUUUUCAAAGUUAUCCGGCUGACUCAUUGAUCCGGUUUUGUGAGAGAAAACCCCCACAGAGGACUGACAACUGUUUCUCUUCCUCUUCAGGUAAUGAGGUGAGGACAGACUCACCCUACCUGCAUCCUGGGAGUGUGGAGGUGUACGGGGAGAGGAGAGCGGCCAGCAGGGGGCGCACUGGACAAGACUCCCCCAGGUCCGCCCUCUCCUCUGCACAACACAGGUUCCACAUGGCUGGGGACCCUGGCCCUCUGACCUGCUCCCACCUCCAAAACUACGACCCUGACCGAGCGCUCACCGACUACAUCUCCAGACUGGAGGCCCUGCAGAGGAGACUAGGGAGUGUGCAAUCAGGUAACACACACACACACACACUUCCAACCAUACAUAUACUACCUCACACGAUCUAGAGUUAAAUAAUGUAAUGCCAUAAGCAGAAAUUGCCCUCUCAUUCAAUCACUCAACAAAAUAUGUGCAGAUGAUGCUUGCAAUGUUCUUGUCAAGAGUUAAGUCUUGGGAUCUAAACAACUUCAUUUUGCCCUUCCUAGGUUCUUCUUCAUAUGCUCAAUUGCACUUUGGAAUAAGAAGGUAAAAGUCUACAAUUUACAUUGGAACUGGCUUGAAGAAACUGUUGUCUUUUCUUGUGCUGAGCUUUGGUAUUUUGUAUCAUUCUGCUGUGUACAGUAUAUAUAUUACGUGGGGACCAAAAACAAUUUUUGUGUGUAGACAUCUUUUAAUCGGGCUUUUUGUCACCAGCACUUGAAACAGCUUCUAUGUUUGUAAACUUUGGUCUGCCUCUUUGUUGUGGAUUAACACAAUCACGUGAAAUGUAUAUUUGUGGAAUGCUAAUUUAAACGAAAAACCUUGAUUCAUUUAAUUUAUACUGUGUAUGUUACUUUGUGUGGGUGGAAAAAUACGUAGAGCAGGCUUCUCCGGAAAACCCCAGUCCUAGAGAAGUACUAGGUGGGUGUGCAGGUCUUUGCUCUGGCCCAGCACUAACACACCUGAUUUAAAUUAACCGUGGUUUCUUAAACGGUAGACCAUGAUUGGUUGAUGAUUGGAAAUUGUU